UCUUAUCCCCUUUUGAAAGCAUUUCAACGCUGAUUAAACCCCCAAACACAACUUUUACCAUACCCACUAAAAACACCGGAACUCACCUCCCCGCCAAAAAUAAAUGGAGUUUAACAAAACAGAAAAGAAAAAACAAAGAAAUAAUUAUUUUUUUAAAAUUUAUUUUUGUCAGUCCACAAUCUCUCUCUUGUCCUUGUGCAUGCCUUGGUAGCGUAUUUCUCUGAUCAAUCGCAUAUCUGAUUUUUUUUUUCUUUUGUUUUUCUUCCAUGGCCAAGGCCAAAGCUCCAAGGAGAACUCUAGACUCUUACACAGUCAAGCACAUCAACAAAACAAUCAAAGCGGGGGAUUGCGUGUUGAUGCGACCAGCGGAUCAAUCGAAACAGCAAUACGUGGCGAGAAUCGAGCGGAUCGAGGCGGACUCACGUGGGGGAAACGUGAAGGUGCACGUGAGGUGGUACUAUAGGCCGGAGGAGUCGAUCGGUGGGAGGAGACAGUUCCAUGGAUCUAAAGAGGUUUUCUUGUCUGAUCAUUAUGAUGUGCAAAGCGCUGAUACCAUCGAAGGAAAGUGUACGGUCCAUAGCUUCAAGAGCUAUACCAAGCUUGACGCCGUCGGAAACGACGACUUCUUCUGUCGUUUCGAAUAUAAUUCCUCCACCGGUGCUUUCAACCCCGAUCGCGUUGCCGUUUAUUGCAAAUGCGAGAUGCCUUACAAUCCUGAUGACCUAAUGGUUCAGUGCGAAGGUUGUAGUGACUGGUUUCAUCCUGCUUGUAUAGAAAUGACCACAGACGAGGCAAAAAGACUUGACCACUUCUUUUGUGAAAGUUGUUCAUCUGAAGGUCAGAAGAAGUUGCAAAAUUCCCAUUCCGCAUCUAGACACUCAGAUGCAAAGCUGUGCGUAAAUACAGUAGUAAACUUCUGCAAUGAAAUUUUUCAAGGCCAUGUAUGACAACAGCGAAUAACAUAGUGCGAAAGGAAAAGUGUACAAUGGGGUGGAUACAAAACGACGACGGAGGUGACAAAAAGUACAUAAACCUAGUGUUUUAGUCAAGACUCUGGAGUCGGUUCUCGGUUUAACCUUGCGGUAGGCUUGGAGCAAACAUGGAGACAAAUAUAUCUGCAUCCAAAUCUAUAGCCUUGUGAGUUCAUGAUAGUUGACAUUAACUGGUUUGAAAACCUUAUGUCAUGUUUAUAUGGUUUGAGGGUCGGUCAGUGGAAGUCAACAAUGUGUUUGGUUGUAUGUAAUCUCAUGACGUAGGUUUUCCUUCUCUCCCUCUCUCGCUCUGGUUUAUAAAUUAGGGUUGUGUAUAAUCGAAAACUGUUUCUAGCUUAUAAAAAAGAGGCAUAGAUUUCUGGAUUUUGUC